CCGCUAAACCUAAGGGUAAACAUGUCUAAAAUAAAACCAUGUUAUACAAAUCUAUCGCCAUCAUCAUAAUUUGAAACAUCUUAGUCUUAUCCCUCGCUCAAAAUGAUAAAGAUAUAUAGUUUACUCAUUUACACAUGUUAAAUAAGUGCUCGUUGAAGUAAUAAUUACGUAAACGUACUUUAAAUUUCAUGUUGUCAUCUGAGUAACGGAUAGCGAAAAUGAUAUUCAAACGAGAACGAAAAUGGUGCGGAUGAACGUUUUGGCAGAUGCCUUGCGGACAAUAGCUGCGGCUGAAAGGCGCAACAAAAGACAGGUGCUGAUCCGGCCUUGUUCCAAAGUCAUCAUCAAGUUUUUAACUGUGAUGAUGAAACAUGGUUAUAUUGGAGAAUUUGAAAUAGUUGAUGACCACAGAAAUGGAAAAAUUGUUGUAAACCUUACAGGAAGGUUGAACAAGUGCGGUGUGAUCAGUCCCAGAUUUGAUGUAGCCCUUCGUGACAUGGAAAAAUGGACCACAAAUCUUCUACCUUCCCGACAGUUUGGAUACAUAGUGUUAACAACAUCUGGUGGAAUCAUGGACCACGAGGAAGCCAGAAGGAAGCACUUGGGAGGAAAGGUGCUGGGAUUCUUCUUCUAAUGUGAUUACGAUCGGGGAAAAAAAGACUGGUCCUUUGUCUGUGCUUUAUUUGUUCCUUACAAUAUUAAAGUUUACAGAAGGGGA